AGUUUGGCUGCUCUCAUGGAGAGUUGGAGAAAAGUCAGCUCAAAAGAAGAUCCUCGGCAAAGUAGAUCAAGCAUCGUGAAUUUGAGAGUGACAUGAACUCAACUAUGGCGAGCGUUUUUGUUUUAUUCUUGAAAUCCAGAUAGAUGUUUGAAUCUCAUGUUGAUGUUUUGUUUGUUUGUUUGUUUGUUUUUUCUUUCAGCAAUCCACUCAAUAGAGAAAUUCAUCACGGUUUCAACUGGAAUUGCCAACUUACCAGACCAUAUGUGUAUCAUUUAUGUCGACGACAUUGCUGUGAUGUACUAUGACAGCAAGAGCAGGAUUCUGGAACCCAGAAAUAACUGGAUGAGAGAAGCCACAGCAGACGAGCUAGACUUUUGGGAAAGGGAGAGAAACGUCGCCAUGAUUGUUGAGGAUUUGGGCAGAUCUUUGCUGGAAACCGUGAGAAAGGCUUUCAACCAAUCUGAAGGUGUCCACUUUGGGCAGGCGAGGUUUGGCUGCGAAUGGGAUGACCAGACCGAUGCUGUCGAUGCUUGGGAAAAGAUGAAAUAUGAGGACGAGCACGUCAUGUUGUUGGACGUGAAUACAUUCACAUGGACCGUAGAGGGCCCGCAGGGUCUCGCCAUCAAACACAAGUUUGACCUGAACGAGAUUCAAAGGGACCUCCGGCAGUAUUACUACAUGGAGGUUUGUCCUUAUUUUUUGAAGAAGCUGGUGAACGAUGGGCGGAGCAUCCUCAUGAGAACAGGUAAUGAUCACAUGAUGUCCUUUGACCGUUGGAAGCCGAGAUGAGCACGUGAUGCUAUUUUGCCGCUUCGUCCUCCGACCUCCAUUCGCGACCUGGGUACACUGCCGUCAUCGGCCCUCCGUCCUUAUUGAUGUAAUCAUCAUCCUCCGUCCCCGUCUGUCCUUGUCCUUUUAGAACG